AUGCUCUCUCGCGCCACCAAACAAACCAUCCCGCGCAGUAGCAGAGCAGCAUCGACACGAGCAGACUUCCUCGCCCGACGAAAUGCACCGUCACGAGCGGCGACAGCAUCAGCAUCAGCAUCAUACCAAUCCCGAGCGCAACGCAAGCAACAACAACUCUUCCGAUCCAUCUUCGCCAUCACAAUCGCCGGUGGUGCAGCAACCCUCACUCAAUUCUACCUCAACAAUGGCUCCAUCCUCCGCCAAGGUCAUGCCGAAGCACCACCCAAGGAAGACGACAACCCAUUGGUCUUCGAGGCGUCACGGAAAAGGGUCAAUGCGAGUGUGGAAGAGAAUCGCGAUAUGAUAUCAAGUCAACAUCACCAGGUGAAACGAUCGUGGGAGGCGCCAGGAGUCUAUGCGUGGGGCAGUAACACUGGUCGGGUGGUCGCGCCGGAUAGCACCGAGAGCACGAUCAAGACGCCACGACGGAUACCUUUCUUCGAUGGCAUGUUGUUGAGAGAUAUCAAGCUGGAUCGGAAUUUCGGUGCCGCGAUUGAUGAGAAGGGGAAUCUGAUACAGUGGGGUAUUGCUUAUGCGCCAGAUACCAAGGCUCCCGUCACGACAUUACGAGGGAAGAAUUUGGUCUCACUGACGUUAUCACGAGACCGCAUACUGGCAUUAUCCAAAGCUGGCAAAGUCUACAGCAUACCCGUCUCAGCCGAAGACCAGAUCUCCGGCGACAAACCCACCGAAAGCUCCUGGAUCCCCUUCUGGUCCUCCAAAAGCCCCAUCGCCUACCGCAACAUCUUUCCAGCAACACCCGAAAAGGUCACAAGCAUCUCGUCCGGCCUCGAACACGCCCUCCUCCUAACAGCCUCCGGUCGCCUCUUCAGCACAGCCUCCUCCGCCGAAUCCUUCCCCUCCCGCGGCCAACUAGGCAUCCCCGGCCUGACCUUCAUGACCCGCCCCACAGGCCCCUACGACCAACCCCACGAAAUCACCACCCUCCGCGGCUUCACCAUCACCCGCAUUGCCUGCGGCGACAACCACUCCCUCGCCCUCGACACCGCCGGCCGCGUCUUCACCUGGGGCGACAACAGCAGCGGCCAACUCGGCUUCGACUCCACGAGCGGCGAAACCUCCAUCGUCGACGCCCCCUCCCUCCUCCCCACCCAGAAACUCUACCCUGGCACCGCCUCCCAAACCGCCAACAUCACCAACGUCUUCGCCGGCGGGAACAACAGCUACAUGACCGUGGACGCCACCAAAGUCGCCCUGCAAACCGGCGGCGCCCUAAGCGACGCCGACUACCGCAAAGCGAACCGCGGCGUGGGCAAAACGACGGCCGACACCUUCGCCUUCGGCUCCGGCAUCACCGGCAACCUCGCCAACAACCGCUGGACGCACGUGCAAUCCACCCCGACCAAAAUCCCCUCCCUGUCCGGAAUCUUCGAAUACGACGAAGCAACCUCGACCACCGUGCCCAUCCGCCUCGCGCACCUCAGCGUAGGCGCCACGCACGCCGCGGCCGUCAUGGCCAAUAUCACGAACCUCACGGCCUCCACCUCCCCGAACUCCACAACGGACGACACGAAUUGGGGCGCGGAUAUAGUCUUCUGGGGCGGCAACGAGACGUUCCAGCUCGGGACGGGGAAGCGGAAUAAUUGCAAUUCGCCCACUUAUUUGCAGCCGUUGGAUCAGGAGGCCGAGGUUUUGAGGGCGAGGAGGAGUUCGGGCGGGAAGGAGAGGGAGAUGCAUCGGUUUCAUAUUACGCCCCGUGCGACGGCGACGUUGGGGGAUGGGAGGCGGGUGAGUGUGGAGCAGCGGGUGGAGUGCGGGAGGGGUGUCACGGCGGUCUAUUCUGGGACGUGA